UUGAGUCGUGUCAUGCCCAAGACGAUCCCAACCAUCCGUUUGAUUGAAAGCGAUUAUCUCUCUGAUGUCAUGUUCUACUUCACCAAAGAACGUGGACAAAGCAUCAUCAACCAUGUUACUAGUUCGUUUAAUCAACUUGGCGGCCUUAUUUCAUGGGAUAUUCUAUCACAUCAACGACAAGACCUGACCCCUCAAGAAAUGGAACAAUUGGGCAAAUACGAUGUCAAUUUUCCGAAACUUGAUUUUCAGCCAGAUUUCCUGUUUGGUAUGGGAUGUCCUAUGGCCGGUUUAUUGGUUGCGCGCGACCAGGAUCCUCGCUACUACCACCCAGAUUAUCGCACCGUUUACGAAAACAUCUUUCAUCCGAUGGAUCCCCUGGCUUUUCGCUUAGAGCCCCUUUUAAACCAUGACUUUGACGAACCGGCUGUGGCGAUAGAACGAGCUAUCCCUCAACAACCGUCCUCCUUUGCAUCAAUGGUCUUUUCCCUAUUUCGGGGUAGUAAUGCUACCACCAUUGCCAAGGAGCAAAAUCAAACAGGAAGAUGUAAUACGAUGCCUUCCUUGGCUACUGGUGCAGCAGCAUCAGCAUUGACUAGAAUGAGUCCUGCAGUAGGAGAAGUACACGAUGAUGUUAUCAUGCCUACACCAUCACUUUCAGCUACUCCUACAUCUUCAUGUCCAACGACAGCUCCACAGACCCCAACAUCAGAACAUCUUUCGACACCGCUACUGUCGUCUUCUGUAUCCUCAUCAUCAUGUUGGAACGGUAAUGAUGAGGAGUUUUGUGACAUUGGAAGAAUGUCUUCGUCCUUGUUAGAAGAAAAGCAACAAGAUGCGAAACAGCCAGCAUUACCAUUGGGCCGACGUUAUGACUAUGAAUUGACGCCGGAAAGUUUGAUGGGAAUGAUCUCUAACGAGUAUAUUCUGGGCUUGCGGGCACAUUUCUCGUAUUGGAAUAACAAGGACAUGCUUUGGCAUAUCUUUCGUCGAAUGGAAGACAUGGAGCAUUGACUUUAUUUUUCUUUCUUUGUUCGUCCUUCUGCGAUGCUUCUACACCCCCCUCCGUUAUCUUUCAAUCGUCAUAUCAACAUCUCUCUCUUCUCCCUUUUUUUUUCCACCUACAUCUUCAUCCCCGUUUCUUCCUUCCUCCCCUUACACAAUCGCCCUCCGGGGAGCAGCGGUAACACGGAAGUAUAGUAACAGCGCACAUAAAAACAUUCAGUAUUGAUAACAUACAGUACAAAAAAACAAUGCAC